GUUGCCAGCAAUCUAAUUCGCUGUCACCGCUUGGAAUGCGCGCAUUCCUUACGCAUCAAUAUAAUUCGGAGCGAAUGCAUUUCAAGCCUUUCAAGAAACCGACGUCCCCUUUCUUCACUCAGACAGCCUAUCUGCAGAACUGGUUAUACUGGAGUCGAGCAGGGGGUGGGGUAUACAUGAGUGAGUAACUGGGAGUUUGCGACUGCGAGUUUCUGGGGCAGUCUGCGGUUUACGUGCUGUGAGGAUGCACACGGAAAGCACAGAGAGGAGUGUUGCUUUUACCGGUACGGUUUAGUUUGGGUGACUAACUGCUACCUUUUUUUUUUAAAAUUUUGUUCGCUGGAUUUUCUAAACGGAAGAGUACGAGUUUUUGAAGGCGGUAGACGGUAUGCUACUGAAGAUAUAUUUAUAGUGCUGCAAGGCUGCUAGGACACUUGUGGAAAUAUGUGUCGACAAUUAACACAUUUCUUUUAAUUUGACAUACAUUUUUUAACUUUGUAACGUUGUUUUUAAAAAUAUUAUUACGGUGAAUGGUUUUCCCAUUUGAAAACGGAUUUGUUUAUUUUUUGAGUCUAUUUUUAGAUCACCGCCUGUAAACCUAUAUAUACACACACACACAUAUACUUUUUUAAAAUCUCUUACUACGACUAAAGUGGAGUAUUUAUUUAUGUGUUUGUUUAUUUCAUUAAAUAAACAUACUUCUGAUUAUUUGUUAAAAUCAACCAUUUCUGCGAACUUUUUAUUUUUUUAUUUAUUUAUAUUUUUCAUCCACUGGAUUAAUUUGAAAGUUGUUCUUGUAGACAUCAUUAUCCAGCACUGGUGGUUUCUUUUUUUUUAAAAACUUCUAUUUAAUUUUUGUUAUUUUUGGGGCCCUACUACGACUACUGCGAUUUUUAAAAAUAUUUUACUCUUUAAAUGGAGACGUCAAAGCUGUCCCGUUUGGAAUAUAAAAAAGGAAAGGACGUCAUUGAAACCGUGAACGGGAACCCGUUCGUGCAUGAAGUGACUCUAACAAACAGGCAAAAAGUGAAGGUGGCGCUGCUGGGCACGAUCCUCUUCCCAGUCCGAAUGCUCCUGACAGUCAUCAUCUUUCUCAUCCUUUGGCCAAUCAGCCGCCUCCGAUUUUUGGGGUUGAGUAAGGAGCAGGUCUCCCAGCCAAUCACAGGCUGGAGGUGGUGGUUUCUUCAGGCGCUGGCUUGGACACUAUGCAGGGUCCUCUUCUUCGUCAUGGGCUUCAUGAGGGUAAAGGUCAGGGGUCGAAUGGCUCCGCCCACCGAAGCUCCAAUCCUGGUGGUGGCGCCGCACUCUAGCUUCCUGGAUUCCAUCGUCAUGGUGCCGUGCGGCCUUGUCACGGUGAUGUCACGCGUGGAGAAUCUCACCAUUCCAAUUGUGGGAGACCUGUUGCGGUUCAACCAGUCCAUCGUUGUGUCCAGACAAGACCCAGAAUCCCGCAGGAGCUGUGUGGAGGAGCUCAAGAAGAGAGUGUCUGCUAGUGGCCAGUGGUCUCAGGUUCUUAUUUUUCCAGAGGGGACUACGACUAAUGGAACCGCUCUUAUCAAAUUCAAAGCAGGGGCUUUUAUUGUUGGAGUCCCAGUCCAACCUGUGAUUAUACGAUACCCAAACAAACUGGAUACGAUCAGGUGGACUUGGAAAGGAAUAAACAUUGUGCAGGUGCUGUGGUAUACCCUCUCUCAAUUCUACACCUCUGCUGAGAUCGAGUUCCUACCUGUCUAUACCCCGACCCAGGAAGAGAAAGAUAAUCCUGCCCUGUUUGCCAGCAAUGUUCAGAAGACAAUGGCGAGGGCUCUGGGUGUUCCUGCCACAGAGUAUGAGUUUGAGGGGAGGGUACCAGUGACUCGGGUUGGGCUGCUCAAACUCCCAGUCCAGCCAGGAGCCAGAGUGACAGAGAAACGGCUGCAGAAGACUGGCACUGGGAUGCAGGCAGUGUUGAACAGGAUGGGAGGGCUGGUUGAAGAGUGCUGCCGGCUCCCUGCACACAGACUCACCCUGGAGCAGUGCGCCAAACUCCUGAACCUGCCAGCCAGCCAGCCUGACACACACGCGCUAUUGACUCCAUACUGCCAGGGCUCAGAUGGUUUACUGGACCUGAGGGAGUUUGUAUUGGGAAUGCUGGCUGUGGAUAAAACGUGGAGUAUCGAGAGAGUUUUGGAACUGGCUUUCACAUUCUUUGACACGGGGAGUAAAGGCUGGCUAUCCAAAGGAGAGUUCUCCAGACUGCUGCAGGCUUUAUUGAGCUGUCCUGAACUUGAUGUGGCCCAGAUUAUUGAAGAAACAAACCUGAGGGAUAAAUAUGAGCUGCCGUUGGAAGAGCUUCAGGAUUUAUUCAAAUCCAAACAGAACUUCAAAAGUUUAUUUACCUGCUACUUACGACCAGAAGGGGAGGAACCAGCGAAGACCACACCUUUUGCCAAUGGGAGGGGACAUGCUUCAAAUGGGGUGGGGCUAGCUGGGAAGGCCACAUCCAAUGGAACUGCCUCACCCAAUAAGAAGUGGGACUGAAAAUGAAUUGGUUAUUUUAAUCUAUUUUUGGAUAGAUUCUCCUGUCUUUGGAUAUCAGGAAUAUAUCCCUAAACAGUAUUCAACCACAGAUUCUUACGGUAUAUUUGUUGCUCCCAACUCCAAUAGUUUCCUUGAAAACUGUUUGAAAUCAGAUUCAUUUCCGUCAGCAUCAGAGAUCAGUUUCAGCCCCAUUUAGGCAGAACUCGAUUUCUCCUCACUGAUGGUGGAAGUUAUCCAAGUCCAAUGUGAAGGGAGACAGAGGCAGUAAUAAAGAUAUCAACACCAUGGUUAGGUACACACAGGUACCCCCAUUCCAUCCCACCACUCUCAAGGGUCUCCUCUCUGUCCUAAAUCUAGCUCCGUAUUCCAGCUGUGUCCUCUGGUCCUGGUUUCUGUGCUACACUUAGUGUUGGUUCAGGUUCACUUUUGCAGGAAGGCUGUGAAUAUAUUAUAUUGUGGGGGUAUAGGGGUGCCUGUCUGUGCAUCUGCAUGCCACACUUCUAUUUGUGUAUAUAUCUGGAAACCCGCUUAUUAAAUUGUGGUGAAACUUGGUAUUAACUUUUAAGUUAUUGGGUGUAUCAGGUUCUGAGGAUGUAUGGAAGUGUCUCUGUCUCCUAACCAAGUACUUGGCCCCAUUGCAAGUAUAUUUUAAAAAUGAGCAAAACGGCAGAAAUGUGCGCAAAAGCAUGAACGGCACAAUACCCCAAAACUGAAUUUCAUGAAGCAAGCUGUGAUAAACAAAUCGAAACUGCCACAGCAGAAGCACACAGAGACUUUUUAAUUAUAAUAACAAGAUCAAUUAAAAAACUUUAAACGGCUGAAGGACACGGAAUGACAGGCAAGUCAAGUAGAUCAAAACACUGAUCUUUGUAAAUCAGGUUGAAAGGCUAGAUUAUAAAAUCAUGUCUUUAAUCUUGAAGUUUUGCAGGAUUAAAGAGUUGUAUUGUAAAAACCAUAAUCAAUAAAACUAAAUAUUUAGAUUAAUUUCCCUUUUUUUUUUUUUUACACUUCUAUACAGACUCGUAUUAUUUUGUAUGUAGGUAUACUGUAUUUAAAAAGACAUGGUUGAAUUUUCUAUCCCUGUGACUUCACAUUUCCCCCCUCUGUGACUUUGAACACAUUUACCCAGAUUGCUUUUUUAAUUUCUGGUACAGUUAUUGUAUACAAAAGAAACUUAAAAAGGUAUUGUAUUGUUUUUAUUUUGGAAUCAUUUUUGUAUUUCUAUGUACCACAAAAUACUUCUACUAUAUUUUUUAAUAAGUGGGAGAGAGCGCCCUCUUUUGGUAGUGUGGCUAGGCUGCGGUCCUCCCGCACUCAUGUAAUAUCUGGGGUUUUUGGUUGUAGUCAGAGUACUGACACUUAAUAUGCAGUGAGUAAGUGUUCUUUUAUUCAAAGUCCAAAACACAGCAAUAGGGCGACUGGCCCUUUAAAUUCAAACAAAAAACAAGCUCUCUGAGCUCUCUCUUGGGUGAUUUCACCCGUUUAGACCCUGACUAUACAAGGAGAGGGCGAAUUCAUGCUGCCCUUUCUUACUCCAAAGGGCUAUUUUUAGUUUUACUUUUGUAUGUCCAGUUUAGCUAACUCUACUCCCUGGUUUCCUUGAGCAGUGCUUGCAACCACACCCCCACACUAACACCAACAACCAAGGACUGUUGACCUGGUCAUUUAUACCAGCCUUUACUAGUAAAUUGUAACCACCUGUACAAGUAACUAAUUUGUCAGACCCAAUUGGGCUCAUUAGACCAUUGCAUCCUGGGAGAUGUAGUUUUCUCUCUCUGAGCUACUCUCUGUGCACCUGCAGUGGUACAUGGGGUGUACGCUCCUAGCCAUACGGGGACCAAUAUAUCUCCCCUCUGCUAUUCUACCUCAUGCUUUACCAUAUAAGGAAUAAUGUUUCUCAAAGGGGGGUUUCAGUGCUGUAUAAAAAUGACACCUAAUGAAUGUUUAUAAUUGUACAUAUGUUUAUUUAGUUGUUAUUAAAAUGUGUGUAUUUAUAAA